CCUUAAAUCAUACCUCCCUGAGAUCUCAUUCAGAGCUCCUGGCAACUGAAGGACAGCAUGUCUGGUGGCAAAUACAUAGAUGCAGAGGGUGUGCUCUACACGACACCCAUCAUCCGACAGCAAGGCAACAUCUAUAAACCGAACAACAAAGUCAUGGCAGACGACAGUGACAAGAUAGCCCACGAUGUCCUCACCAAAGAGAUCGACCUGGUCAACCGGGACCCCAAGCACUUGAAUGACGACGUAGUGAAGAUUGACUUUGAAGAUGUGAUUGCUGAACCUGAGGGGACCCAUAGUUUUGAUGGCAUAUGGAAAGCAAGCUUCACUACAUUCACUGUGACUAAGUACUGGUUCUACCGCUUACUGUCUGCAAUCUUUGGAAUACCAUUGUCACUCAUUUGGGGCAUUUAUUUUGCUAUCCUUUCUUUCCUGCACAUCUGGGCUGUGGUUCCAUGCAUAAAGAGCUACUUGAUUGAAAUUCAGUGCAUUAGCCGAGUCUACUCCAUCUGCAUCCACACGUUCUGUGACCCAUUGUUUGAAGCCUUUGGCAAGGUGUUCAGCUUUGUUCGAAUUACUGUACGCAAAGAAGUAUAGGUGACAUCUAAACAGAGUUAUAUGUCAGAUAUGUGUCAAUAUUUUAUGAGCACUGACAUGAGAUCAGUAACUAGAGUAUGUAUCCUGGGGCAAAAUCUUUACCCUUUUAGAAGAUUUAGGUUCAAAGAAGUGUUUGUUUUGUGAUAAAGUACAUUUUCUGUUACCAGCUACAUGUCAUUUUAUUGGCAUUUUGUGAAAUACUGUAUUUUUUUUUCUAUCCACAAAUUGCUUACAUGUUAUAAUUAAAAUGAUGCAAGCAAUAGGUAUCUAAUUAACAAUAAACUGAUGGAGAUUACAUUCUUUGAUUCAUUCCUCAAGCUGAUGCAGUUCUGUGAAAGAAUGUUUAAUUCAUAGACUACAGCUAAGAGAGUUCACAUUUUUAUUUCAAAAGCAACAAUGCAAACAUACUUGAGAUGCUUGCAGUGUUAUCAAAUGUAUAUAAAGAUAUUUAUCAGAAGCUUUAUAGCUCACUUUAAUGGAGAAGCUUGAUUAUUUCUAUGCCUACUGUACUAGCAAGAGUUUUCAGUAAAUAGCAAAUGUGUAAAUGUAACCACUUAUCACAUAAAAUUGCUCAACAUUGUAUGUAUUGUAUUGAAGGCCUAUACAUUUUGUCCAAUCAUUAUUUCUGGCAUAUCAUUUUUAUGGUGUUUAUUAAAGCUUCAGUUUUCU